GAUACAUAAUUAUUUAUAUACAUGCAUAAGUGUUAGUAUUGAAGUUGGGUUGUGGGGUUGUGGGGUGCAAUAAAAGUGGGGUGUUGAAGAUGGGUAGGUCUGGGUUUUUAUAAUGCUUUGAAUAUCCGCUGUUCUAGUUGCUGUUCUUGUUUCAAAUCCCUCAAAACCCAAAAUAUUUUUAACGUGAUUGUUAUUAGAUAUAUAUAUAUAUAUAAAUUGUAAGCAGCUGCAGACAAUGAUGAUGAUGAUGCUGAAGCUCUUUGGGGUUGUGUGCUCCUCAGCUUAAUUACCCUGCACCCACCUCCACAUCUGCUCAUUCAUUUAGAGAGAGAGAGAGAGAGAGAAGAGGGGAGUGGGGGCAGCUUUCUCAUUACAAGUCAUUUUCUUGCUUUUCAAUUCAUGUUAAUGUGUUGGGGUAGUUAAGGGGUCACUCUGAUUUGUGUUGUGGUUUGUGACCUUUGUUUUUGCUAGUAAUGGUGAUCUAGUUUUAUCAGUGUUUCUUUUUUUCUUUCCCUUUUUCCUUGGGCACUGAAGUGAAUGCAAUAAUGGGUAUUGUUAGUGUUGUCAAAAGGAAGAGAGGGUUUAAUUCAGCUGAUCACCUUCAUCACCUUCUUCUUCUUCUUCUUCCUUUCUUCAUCUCUGCCCUUAUUUCUGAAAGAUUUGUCGUCGCUGUCGCUGUUUCGGGCUUGAAUUACACCAAAUUUAGGCAAGUUGGGAGCUUGAGACUUGCAAGGAUCCAGAGGCAUUUGGACAAGAUCAACAAGCCUCCUGUCCUAACCAUUGAGAGCCCAGAUGGAGAUAUCAUAGAUUGUGUUCAUAAAAGAAAACAGCCAGCUUUAGAUCAUCCUCUUCUCAAGAAUCACAAGAUCCAGAGAGUUCCACCAGAAAUGCCCAAGUUAGGAGUGAUGAAAAAGGAUAAUAAUGAGGCAAUGAGAGACCACAAAUACAAUAAGACCACCAGUGGUGGUAGCGGUGGCGACAGCGGUGGUGCAUGGCAAAUGUGGCACCAGAAGGGAGAAAGGUGCCCAAAGGGCACCGUUCCAAUACGGCGGAGCACAGUGCACGAUGUGCUGAGGGCUAAGUCUUUGUAUGACUUUGGGAAGAAGCAACGAAGUUCACUCCCCCUUGCUACCCGCAUUGAUGCCCCGGAUGUAGUCAGUGGCAAUGGCCAUGAGCAUGCGAUAGCAUACACGGGAGCAUCAGAAGAGGUGUACGGUGCAAAAGCGACAAUAAACGUGUGGGACCCAACAAUCGAAGUGGUCAACGAGUUCAGCCUCUCUCAGAUCUGGGUCCUCUCGGGAUCAUUCGACGGCUCAGAUCUCAACAGCAUAGAAGCUGGCUGGCAGGUUAGUCCGGAGCUCUACGGUGACAGCAGGCCCAGAUUAUUCACUUAUUGGACGAGUGAUUCAUAUCAAGCAACAGGAUGCUACAAUCUUCUAUGUUCAGGGUUUGUUCAAACCAAUAGUCGGAUUGCCAUCGGAGCUGCCAUUUCUCCUAUCUCGUCUCUCUCCAGCAAUCAAUAUGACAUCACUAUUCUCAUUUGGAAGGAUCCAAAGUUGGGAAAUUGGUGGAUGGGGUUUGGUGAUAACACACUAGUAGGGUACUGGCCAGCGGAGCUUUUUACGCACCUAGCCGACCGAGCCACCAUGGUGGAGUGGGGAGGUGAGGUGGUGAACUCACGAGCCAACGGCCACCACACAACGACCCAAAUGGGCUCGGGUCAUUUUGCCGAAGAUGGAUUUGGGAAAGCAAGCUACUUUCGAAAUCUUGAAGUUGUAGAUUCAGACAACAGUCUCAGCUCAGUUCGUGACAUAACAAUCCUAGCUGAGAAUACCAAUUGCUACAACAUCAAGAGCUCCUACAACAAUGAAUGGGGCACGCAUUUCUACUAUGGUGGGCCUGGGAACAACCCACAAUGUCCAUGAUCAUCAACAUCCUAUAUUUUCAUCAUUAAAAAAAAAAAAAAAAAAAUGCCUCUAUUUUUAAAUUCUUUGUCUAGAUCUUAGAAGUAAGGGAAUGCUAUUUCCACCCUUGCUUUUGUUACUUCCAGAAUUUUUUUGGGGUGCAUGUUCAUGAUGUGAUGAAGGAAUGUAUUUAUUAAAUAAGACAAAAGCAUUAAAUAGGUAUGGAAAUAGCAAUAUUUUAAUUAGUAGUUGAUUGGAGCAGAAUUUGGUGUAUUGUAAUCUUGAUUUUUCGUUAAUCGGCAAUUAAGAAAAUUAAAACAAUAUGCCUAAUGAGGAUUACCCGUUAUUA